AGUGUACUGUAUUGAGAGGAUUUAUGGCGGGAAAGGCAAAUUAUGAGAUCGUGGCUAAUGUUUGACUAAUUUUAGAGUUUGAGUAACUUUAGCCUAACCUGUUUAGAAUUAAGAUAGGCUUCUUAGACAUAAUUUUAAAAUAAUUUCUGGGCGGAAAGGUACCAUUAACAUAAUUUUAGCGUCUUCUGUAUUAGUCGAUAUUGAAUAUUCAUGUGCAUCCGUCUUGUUAGUUAGGUUAAUUAGCAUACCUAGCUAACCCUCAAAUACAGAAAAGGAGAAAAUGGCAGCUGGGAAGAUGUGCGUCAGGAAGAGCAAGGAGGAAACUGCUGAGUGGACAGGAUUAUUCCCGAAUGACUUGAAAACCGAGCAAGAGUCCCUUGUCUUGGUCAAGAGGAUGAUGGCUGUGGCAGUCUCCUCCAUCACCUACCUCAGAGGGAUUUUUCCAGAGGAUGCCUACAGAUCCAGAUAUCUGGAAGAUUUGUGCAUCAAAGUUUUGCGUGAAGACUGCAACACCCCUGGUGCCAGCAAAGUUGUGAAAUGGAUGAUGGGCUGCUUUGACGCAUUAGAGAAGCAGUAUCUCCAGAUCGUAUUCAUUGGGGUGUACACCAAUCCAGAUGAACCUAAUUGCAUCAUUGAGUCAUACCAGUUCAAAUUCAAAUACACUGAGAAGGGGCCAGAGAUGGACGUACUCAGGAACAACGAUGUGGAGAUGCAGGUGCCGUUGGAGGACACCAAGAGAGCCUCUGUGCUGCUCAUCAGGAAGCUCUUCCUGCUUAUGCAGAACCUGGAUGCCCUCCCCAACAACGUCUACCUCACCAUGAAGCUCUACUAUUAUGAUGACAUCACCCCUGCCGACUACCAACCACCGGGCUUCAAGGAGGGCGAAUGUGACAGCCUCUGGUUUGAAGGCAUGGCUGUGCACUUCAAGGUGGGUGAGGUGCAGACGGCCUUCCACACCUUGAGAGUGCGUGUGUCAGCGGAACAAGGCCGGCUGGAGAAGCUUCAAGAAGGGAACCACCUGAGGGAGACCAAGCAGGUUUCUCAGAGAAAUCCUCCAGAGAGGAUCAAGGAUCCUCGUAAGAAAAUAUAUGAGGAAGAGGAUCUACCUUCUGAAGAUGAGUCCGCACAGUUCAAGAAACCUACAAGACCUUUGGCAAAGAGAAAUGCAGCUGCCAAAUAUCUGGCGAGGAAGAAAAGAAGAAUUUAGCCACAACAUUACACAAAACAAAAGCUCUGUCAGCAAUGUAAACAUGAACAAUUUCUUCAUUUUAUUGAAAUUUUAAACACUGUUUCAUGUUAUGUUACAAUUGAUUUGAUACGCAAAUGUGUUAGACAAGUUUCUUACAUAAUUCUCUCUACCCACAAGGUAGGAUGUCACUGUCAGAGUUCUAAUGUAGACAACAUUGUACAAAAAACGUACAUGAGAGUACAAUCUGAUGAAUUUAAUCAAAACAAUGUUCAAAGUGCUUCAUUUUUUAGUAUUUUGUGUGUAUAAAAAUAUAUUAAUGUGUAUUGUUCAAGAAAUAAAGUCUGACAUGUAAAAAUGUUA